AUGCCAGGCUAUCUCAAUAAAAGGCAUGUAGGCCCAGACAACAGGGUGGUCUCGUACCGAUUCUUCAGGCAUUUCGCCGAUUUCCUAGCCCAUAUACGCCAGCAUUUCUACCCCCUUUCCAUCGCAGAAGACGAUUUGAACUACUCCCUCAGACAUCAGCAGUACUGCCUGUGCAAGCUUCUGGGACAGUGGUGCGAUGACUUUCAAUAUCUUGCAGAAGAAUGUCUCAAGGCAGAAAGGGGGACACCUUCUCCAUCGUUAGACGACUUCAGGCUGGAUCGACACAUGAGGAAGAAGGUCUUAGGUGGCGACGGAUCUCGCCAGAUCAGUCCAUAUCUUCAGUGUGAAUUCAUCUGGUAUACCUUUUCGGCGAAGCUAACACUGGGGAGCCACCGCUUUGCUCCGGGAGUCAUAUGGCAGGUUGCCCUGGAGAGCUUGCAACGAGAAGUACCUACUCUGAGGGAGACUGUGGCAAAGUGGAACUUCGUCAGUAGGUACAGGAGGCUGAAGAACACUCUCUGGCUGCAUGAUGCCUUUAGACGGAAAUCGGAUCGUAUGAGGUCCGUUCGAGAAGGCAGGACACUGGAGAAGGUGGUAUACGGCAGAGCAAGGAGAGACAGUGUGAUUGGCAACGAGCGGUCGCUAGACGUAUGCACGAUCUUGGAAGGGUAA